AUGGCCAAGAAUAACAUCACCUCAGUAACUGAAUUCAUCCUAAUGGGUUUUAGUGACCACCCCAAGUGGGAGAUUCCCCUCUUUCUGGUGUUUCUUAGCUUUUAUCUUGUCACCAUCCUGGGAAACUUGGGCAUAGUCAUUCUUAUCCAUGUAGAUGUCCAACUCCACAUCCCAAUGUACUUCUUUCUGAGCCAUCUAUCUGUGUUGGAUACCUGCUAUACCUCAGUCAUCACCCCUCAGAUCCUGGCCACACUGGCUACAGGCAAAACAGUCAUCUCUUAUGGUUGCUGUGCUGCUCAGUUCUUCUUCUUCACUAUCUGUGCAGGUACAGAGUGUUUCCUGUUGUCUGUGAUGGCCUAUGAUCGCUAUGUUGCUAUUAGCAAUCCACUACUCUACACUGUGGCCAUGGGCCCUAGAAAAUGUUGGAGUUUAGUAGUAGGAGCAUAUGUUUGUGGAGUGUGUGGGGCAAUCCUGCGUACCACAUGCACCUUCUCUCUCUCCUUCUGUGAAAAUAAUCAGAUCAAUUUCUUCUUUUGUGACCUCCCACCCCUGCUGAAGCUGGCCUGUAGUGACACAACAAAUGUUGAAAUUAUCAUUGUCUUCUUUGGGAAUUUUGUAAUUUUGGCAAAUGCCUUAGUCAUCCUCAUUUCCUACCUGCUCAUCAUUAAAACUGUCAUGAGAAUGAAGUCUUCAGGCAGAAGAGCAAAGACUUUCUCAACAUGUAUCUCCCACCUCACUGCUGUGACUCUUUUAUUUGGGACACUCAUCUUUAUGUACAUACGGAGUGGCUCCAAAAAGUCCCUGGAAGAAGAUAAAGUUGUGUCUAUCUUCUACACUAUGGUCAUUCCCAUGCUGAACCCCCUAAUCUACAGCCUAAGAAACAAGGAUGUCAAGGCUGCAUUCAAGAAGGUUACUGGUAAAUGCCAGGCCUCCCACAACAUACAACACUGA